CUCGAGCAAAGUGUGAGGAAGCGGCGGAGCUGUGAAGUGAGCAGAUGCCUGAAACUGGACAGAGGAACCAGUGAGGUACCUGUGAGGAAACAGAAAAAAUCUAGAGAGGAGAACCGAAACACACUCAGGAUAAUCCCGUGCGUAAAUGUGACAUAUGUAGAAUUUAAAGAGAAAGUUGGUGCGCAGGUUGCUCAGUGUGCGCAGAGAGGGAGAGAAAGGGAUGAGCGCGUUGGUGCGCACUAGGAACCAUCCGGACAGGAGCCGAAAGACGGAUAUUCCCUGCCUCAGGACACACCCUCCCUGCUCUCUCUCUCUCUCUCUCUCUCUCUCUCUCUCUCUCUCUCUCUCUCUCUCUCUCUCUCUCCCUCAUUGUUUCCCACACAGACUGUGUCGCCACCGGGCUUCGUAUCGAGUUAACAAAUGACCAACCAGCCGCUUGGAUGAGAAGAGCGCAAAGUGAAAUCAUUCCGUUGGAGAGACGCAACUUUGGCGGCUGCAUCGCCAACAUACUCAUCGCAAAAGUGGAUGAAUAUAGGCUAGAUGUUAUUUGGAUUUUUUUUGGGUAGAUUUUUUGUGCGUGGAUCAGGCUUGAAGAAGAAGGGAGAAGAGAGAGAGAGUGUCAGCUAAUUGGGAUGAGAGUUCAAGUCAAGUGAGCCGGCAGAUUGGACCUUUAAAGCCUCUUAACGCAAGGUGGUGGGAGGAAUACAGCGCGAGGGGAGUGUGUUUAUGUGCCGUGUUUGUGUGCAUGUGUCAUUCCCAGUGGAAAUCCACCCUGGACACAGCGACAAGGGGGUGAUCAGGUGUGUGUUUGUGAGUGUUUGUGGGGGAUAAAUCCAAGCGGAAACAGGGGCAGUUAUGGUUUCUCUGACCUGGACGCGAUGAAGUGGCUCUGCGGGAGUUUUAGGGUUUAAGACCGGAGAGGAGGAGAGCUGGGCGGACGGACGGACGCAGGGAGGGAGGAGGAGGAGGGGGACACCACCACCGCCAAAGCGCACAACACGGUCCCCAACCCCUUGACGCAGGGAUGGAGAGCACAAGAGCGCACAGGGUAACUCGGCUCGAUCCCACAAACGGGAGCGGAAAGAUCACCGGGAGGCCAGACAUGAGGAGUGACCGACACCGGGGACACCUCCACCUGCAGCGGGCUGUGAUUUUUCUCGUCGCGCUCACGAUACAACCGCAGACUGUGUGUGCUGUCGGGAUGUUUGAGCUCCAGAUCCGUCACUUCCAGAACCCGCACGGACUUCUGCAGACUGGAAACUGCUGCGACCUCGAGGCCAUUGGGGGGCAGCGCUGUUCAGCCAGGGACCAAUGUGACACUUACUUCCAUGCUUGCCUCAAGGAGUACCAGGCCCGGGUCGUCCCAACUGGAACCUGCACCUUCGGGUCCGGCAGCACUGGGAUACUGGGUGGAAACUCCCAGUCGCUCCGCCACCGAGGACACGAUGGGGGAGGAGGAGGAGAGGAUGGGACUAAUGGACACAUUGUCAUUCCCUUCAAAUACGCCUGGCCAAAGUCCUUCUCUCUGGUGUUGGAGGCUCUGGACUACGACAACGACACAGAAACAGCGAAGUUGCCAUCCAAGAUCUCAACAUUUAAAGGUCAGUUGAUUGAGCGAGUCCUCCUCUCCUCCAUGUUGAACCCUGGUGAACAGUGGCAGACGUACCGCCACCACGGACGGACUUUGAGCCUGGAGUACCGGCUGCGUUUCCGCUGUGAUUCAAACUACUUCGGGCCUUUCUGCAACAAGUUCUGCAGGGCCCGCGAUGACUUCUUUGGUCACUUCAACUGUGACCCCAGCGGCUCCAAGGUCUGCAUGGAGGGCUGGACAGGACCAGAGUGCAAAGAAGCGGGGUGCAAGCAGGGGUGUCAUCAGGUCCACGGCUCCUGCACUGUACCUGGAGAGUGCAAGUGUCAUUAUGGCUGGAAGGGUCCUCUUUGUGACCAGUGUGUGACUUUCCCCGGUUGUGUGUAUGGAAGCUGCACCGAGCCCUGGCAGUGUGUGUGCGAUGUCAACUGGGGAGGACUUCUGUGUGACAAAGAUCUGAACUACUGUGGUACCCACCAGCCCUGUAAGAACGGUGGGACCUGCACCAACACAGAGCCAAAUGAGUACCAGUGUGAGUGCCAGGAAGGUUUCAGAGGACGCAACUGUGACAUUGUGGAACAUGCGUGUUUGUCGUCCCCGUGUAAGAAUGGAGCCACCUGUGUGGAAGACCUAACAGGCUUCAGCUGCAUCUGUACUGACGCCUGGACCGGACACACCUGCUCUGAUGCGGUGAGGCAGUGUGAUCGGAGCCCUUGCGGUCGAGGAGCAACGUGUCAGGAGGCUCCUGGAGGUUACCGGUGCCUCUGCCCGCCUGGAUGGACCGGCAGGACGUGCCAGCUGGACACCAACGAGUGUGAAAUGAGUAUAUGUAUCCACGCACGCUCCUGUCGCAACCUGAUCGGUGGAUACCUGUGUGACUGCCUUCCUGGGUGGACGGGGCCUAACUGUGACAUCAGGAACAGCAGCUGUCAGGGUUUGUGUCUGAACGGUGGACGUUGUGAGGACCAGGUGUCAGGGUCCAGAUGCUUGUGUCCACCUGGUUUCUUGGGAAAAUAUUGCCAAAAUGGUCCGAGUCCCUGUGACAGCACCCCCUGUCUGCAUGGAGGACAGUGUGUGGAGAAGGAGGGAAGGACCAUCACAUGUAACUGUCCCAUGGGAUAUUCAGGAAUCUUCUGUGAGAUAGCGUUGGAUUUGUGCAAUCCCAACCCCUGCCAGCAGGGGGCACCCUGUCACAGCACAGAGGGCAGAUACAUGUGUGCCUGCCCUGAGGGUUACUAUGGUAACGAGUGCAUGAGCCUCAAAAAUCCCUGCAUUGGUCAAAACUGUCCAGGUGCCAUGUCUAACACGACACACGGGGGGAUCAGCUUCUACAUUAUCCUGGUGGGGGUCUUAGCUUUAGUUAUGGUCUGUGGCUGUGGGGCCUGCGCCUUCAUCCUUUCACACCUCCAUCGAAAGCGGAAAAAGCAGCAGGCUGUCCCACAGGAAGAAGGCAUCAACAACCAGAGGGAGUUCGUCAACCUCAUCAGAAACGUGGACCGUCCCGUGCCCCUCCUGCCCCCAGCUGCCCCGCUCGCCCACCCUCCAGCCCCGACCCCCGUCUCACGUUGCUACGAGGAGAUUGAACUGACCCUGCCGCCCUCCCCAGCACCCUCACACCCCUCUCCAGCACUAAAGCCGGCCCACGCCCCCAAACUGGACAUUUCCAACCGGGAGAGGGAGAAGUUGAACCGCUUCCACUACACAGACAACCAAGAACUGGAGGCCUGACCUUUGAACUUUUGGCGCCUCUUUAAAUUUCCUUUAAAUUUUAUUUUGCGGUCUUCGCACUCUUUCACUCACAGGGACCUGUUCCCAGUUUCUUGCACUGUGUCACUGUUACAGUCAUGAAAAUGGGCCCAUGACCUUUAUGUGCUCAGAUAGCUAUCAGCAGACAC